AUGGGAAGAACCUACAUCGUAGAAGAGGCUGUUGGCCAAUAUCUUUCAAACAUUAAUCUCCAAGGAAAAGCUUUUGUUUCUGGUCUUUUAAUAGGACAGUGUUCUUCACAAAAGGAUUAUGUGAUUCUUGCCACUAGAACACCACACAAAGAGGAACAAAAUGAGAGCCUCAGACAUGGAAAAGCUAAAUUGGACAACUUGGAUGAAGAAUGGGCCACCGAGCAUGCCAACCAGGUAUCCAGAAUGCUUCCAGGGGGACUUUUAAUUCUUGGAGUAUUUAUCAUUACUACUUUAGAACUGGGAAAUGAUUUCCAAAAUGUCCUACGCAGACUAGUCUUUGCUGUUGAAAAGUCAAUGAAUAAAAAGAGACUAUGGAGUUUCACAGAUGAGGAAGUCUCAGAACGAGUGACGCUUCACAUUUGCUCCUCUACAAAAAAAAUAGUUUGUCGAACUUAUGAUAUCAAGGACCCAAAGAGUUCAGCAAAACCAGCAGAUUGGAAGUAUCAAAAUGGACUAUCAACUUCCUGGCUUUCCUUGCAGUGUACAGUUCACAUUAAUAUUCAUAUUCCCCUUUCUGCUACUUCUGUCAGCUAUACUCUGGAGAAAAAUACGAAGAAUGGACUUACACGUUGGGCCAAGCAAAUAGAAAAUGGUGUAUAUUUGAUUAAUGGGCAAGUUAAGGAUGAAGAUUGUGACCUACUAGAAGGGCAGAAAAAAUCUUCGAGGGGAAAUAUACAAGCGACUCAUCAUUCUUUUGAUGUUAGGGUUCUAACGCAGUUGCUCCUUAAUUCAGACCACCGAUCCACAGCCACAGUCCAGAUUUGCAGUGGUUCUGUAAACCUUAAGGGUGCUGUGAGAUGCAGAGCUUAUAUUCAUAGUCAUAAACCCAAGGUUAAAGAUGCUAUACAGGCCAUAAAGAGAGAUAUAUUGAACACAGUUGCUGAUCGUUGUGAAAUACUGUUUGAGGACCUGCUUAUGAAUGAAAUUCCAGAAAAAAAAGUUAUGAGCUCUGAAAAAGAGUUCCACAUCCUUCCUCACCGAGUUUUUGUACCCAUCCCUGGAUCCACUGUAAUGUUUUGUGACUACAAAUUUGGUGAUGAGUCAACUGAAGAAAUCAGGGAGCAUUUUAUAGAGAUGUUAGAUCAAAUUAUUAAAACAGAAGACUUACAAAAUGCAGAAGAAAUAACCACAGCUUGUAUGAGUUCCUCUGUGGAAAGUGAAGCUUCUUUGGAUAACACAGAUGAUGAACCCCCAAAACAACCAAUUAAAACUACAAUAACAUUGAAAAUUCGUCAAAACAUAGGUGCGAUUACAGCCUUUGCAGUGGCACUCCUUGCUGCAGGUAUCUCCUUUCAUUACUUCAGUGACUAG